AUGAUCAAUGAAGGCAUCAGCAAUCUGUACAGACUACUUGAAGGUGGUAACGAGAUCGAUGGUGCUGUCAAACCCAAGCCUGGCAACGCGUAUGCUGACGAAAACAAUUGGGUCAAAAAUGUCAUCUUUGGUGAGCCUUGUGUCAUCGUCCAGCCCGACUACUCCAAUGUUCGUUCUGUCAAGUUUCGCAUGUGGAUGAAGUCGGGUAAAGCACAGAUCAGGCGUUUCAUCAAGAUAGAUGACGACACGGGCGAGCCCAUCACUGAGAAACUGCUCCUUGAAAUUGAAGAUUGGCAUGUCACAGUUCCAAUUGACGUUGGGUUCGUGGCGUUGGACAAGAAGACACCUCGCGGCAAGGCGGUUCUUGAUCGCAGUGCCGCGAAGGGAAAGCCUGACCAUUCUAUAAUGGAGUUCCUGUUGGAUCUGGAGAGCAUGGCUUGGGGCGAUGGGUCUUGGGAGUUUGGUGACUGGGGGGAGAAUGACUGGAUGAUAGACCAGGAUGGCAAGCAACAACGCCCACCUGGAUGGAAGCUUGGGGCACCUCGAAGCUAUACUGAUCUGCACCCCGACUUUCAAAGGACCUUGGAAUUUUGUUUCGGAAAGAUCUCACGUAACCUGAUGCAUUCGAAUUUGCUAUCGAUGGGCUUCGCAGUCAUCGCCCCCAAAGCUAGCAAGCGCGCCACGUUCGAAGUAAACAAUGUCCGUUACAUGACCUAUCCUUGGACGGAUCCUGAGACCAAAAUCAGUGCUCCACCGGGUCUCAGCGGUAACGGCCGGUUGAACUACCUACUCUAUCUCGAGACUGUGGGGCAAAACACGCCGCCUCCGGACUCGAAACGAGGUGCGGUUCUUGAUACACGUAUGGGUAACUGGACAGACGGCCGAAAGCCUGGGACGGACUCGCCGUCCAAGUUCGGGACCUUUGUCCUGUCUUGCGCCAACUUCAUGGAAUCUUUCGUCAAUCCAAGGCUUUCAGCGAUCAAUCGCAUCAUGUCUAUGAACAUAGACCAGGUUACGUGCUGGGCAGACUACCAUUUCUUGAGUUACGACUGGGAAGUUACUGCUACAUAUGGCGUCGGACACGAAGACACCAGCAAGGAUUCGACCACGUAUACUUUGAAGCAACAAGAGUUCUCCGUCGGCAACGACUGGCCACAAAGUGCCAAAGACUUCUUUGAUGCCUAUACGGGUGCGCCUGGUAAAGGCUCUAAAGUCUGGAGAUACCAGGACACGCAAUGGCGUAAGGAUGCACUACACGUGUACACCCACAAGGGAACAGUGGAAAUCUGGAUGGGUGGAGAUACCAUGACUCUCACUAGGGCCUACACAACGGCUGGCUCGAACACUAUUGUGUACGAAGGCCGUCAAUGGACCAGAUUUGAGUUCACAAUCGACCCUAGCGCACUCGACCCCAAUAUUAACAAGAAGAUUAUAGCUGAAACCAAAUGGGCAGUCAAAUUCCAGAUGCAAGAGGUUACCGAUGGUGGUUUGCAAUUCCAGGUGGACAUUGACCACCCAACCACAAGCUUCCAGGGAAACUAUGAGUAUCUGUCAGACUUCAGGCGGGGCUUCGAGGAAGGUUACGAGGCCGCGGGCAGAAACUUCGAGUGGUAUAUCAACUCGAUCCGCAACUGCCUACAAGGACAGGAAAGAUUCACGCUCCCGGUGUCCGGUGUUUUCUUCUUCAAGGACCCCGUCAUGAAUGCGCAAGGCGAUCUGGUCUGCAGUUUGCAAUACAACGGUAAUCCCCAACUCGGUAAACCUAUCAACAAUUAUACCAACAUUGUCCGUGCUUCCAUUCCUCGAGGGGACUUUAUUAGUUUGCCAGGUAAAAGUAAGACUAGUAUAGGGGAUUCGCAACAGUCAUCUAAGUAA